AUGGCCUUCGCGCCCAUGGGGCCCGAGGCCUCGUUCUUCGAGGUGCUGGACCGACACAGGGCUGAUCUGCUGGCCGCCCUGAGGACAGGGGGUGGGGAGCAUCCUGGCCGGGGGACCCGCCUGGCCUCCAGUCCUGAGGUUCUCGCCUCCAUAGAACAUGUCAUCCAAGACAUCAUCACAAGCUUGGCCAGGAACGAAGCACCUGCGUUCACAUUGGACGACAGAGCGAGCUGGGGAAAUAUGAAGUUUGAAGAUUCUGUGGGUCUUCAGAUGGUAUCUCACUGUACCACAAGAAAAAUCAAAAGUGAUUCACCAAAAUCAGUUAAAAAAUUUGCGCUAAUUCUUAAAAUACUGUCCAUGAUUUAUAAAUUAGUACAAAGCAACACUUAUGCAACCAAGAGAGACAUAUAUUACACUGACAGCCAACUCUUUGGUAACCAGACUGUUGUGGACAAUAUUAUUAAUGACAUUUCUUGUAUGUUAAAAGUACCAAGGAGGAGUCUACACAUAUUAUCUACAUCCAAAGGGUUAGUUGCUGGCAAUUUAAGAUACACCGAGGAGGAUGGCACCAGAGUGAACUGUACCUGCGGGGUCACAGCCAUUGCUGUGCCAUCUAAUAUUCAAGGAAUUCGAAAUUUAAUUACAGAUGCUAAAUUUCUAUUAAUCAUAGAAAAAGAUGCGACAUUUCAGCGACUCCUAGAUGAUAACUUUUGCAACAAAAUGUCUCCGUGUAUCAUGGUGACGGGAAAGGGAGUUCCUGAUCUGAACACAAGGCUUUUAGUCAAGAAGCUGUGGGAUACGUUCCAUAUUCCCAUUUUCACUCUUGUAGAUGCUGAUCCACAUGGCAUAGAAAUAAUGUGCAUCUAUAAGUAUGGCUCUAUGUCUAUGUCUUUUGACGCUCAUAAUCUCACAGUUCCAGCUAUUAGAUGGCUUGGUCUCCUCCCUUCUGAUCUUAAAAGGUUAAAUAUACCUAAAGAUAGUUUGAUUCCACUGACAAGACGGGACCAAACGAAACUUGACAGCAUCCUGAAAAGACCUUAUGUUACCUGCCAACCAUACUGGAGAAAAGAAAUGGAAAUAAUGGCAGACUCUAAAAUGAAGGCAGAAAUUCAAGCUUUGACCUUCCUAUCAUCAGAUUAUCUUUCCAGAGUGUACUUACCUAACAAAUUAAAAUUUGGAGGAUGGAUAUAAAAAUAAAUCAGAAGAACUUGUGACUGUCAGGGGCUUUUUGUUUCAUUUUAGUUGGUAAAUAUUAUUGUGGAAAAAAACAUAUAUUUUUAAUUCUGUAAAGGUAAAAUAAAAUAAUUUUCCAUUAAUUAUA